GCGCCGCCGGCGCGCUCGCAGGAUGCAGGCCAUGGACCCGGCCGCAGCGGAUUUUUAUGAGGAGGACGGCAAAGACCUGGACUUCUACGACUUUGAGCCGCUCCCCACUCUACCCGAGGACGAGGAGAACGUGACCCUGGCCGACAUCCUCUCCCUGCGGGACAGCGGCCUCAGCGAGCAGGAGGCCUGGGCCGUGUGCCUGGAGUGCAGCCUGUCCAUGCGCAGCGUCGCCCGCGCCGCCAUCUUCCAGACGCUCUGCAUCACGCCCGACACCCUGGCCUUCAACACCAGUGGCAACGUGUGCUUCAUGGAGCAGCUCAGCGACGACCCCGAGGGGGCCUUUGUGCCCCCAGAGUUCGACGUGACUGGGAACACCUUUGAGGCACACAUCUACUCCCUGGGGGCCACGCUGAAGGCGGCUCUCGAGUACGUGGCGGAGCCGGAGCCCAGGCUGAGCCGCGACCUAGAGGCGCUGCUGGACCAGAUGCAGGCGGAGGACCCCCGGGACCGGCCGGACCUCGAGAGCGUCAUCGCGCUGUGCGAGGAGAAGAUGCAGCUCGCGUCCUCCUGCCGCCUGUGCCGCAGCCUCUCGGCCGUCGGGAGGCGAGUGCUCUCCAUCGAGUCCUUCGGAGCGUUCCAAGACGUCAGCGAGAGCACCUGGAGGGGGAGACCGGCUCCGAGAAGCCUGGGGCCCAAGAGGCAGCCUGGGGACCACAGCCCUGGCCCGGAGGCCCCCCUCGCCCCUCAGGGCCGGUCCCAGGCCCCCGAGUGCGACCCCGACCCCGGGGCCCUGCCCUCCAAGCCUCCACUGUCGCCCCCCGUGAAAAACGGAGAGAGCCACAGCCAGGGGGCGCUGGCCAGCCUCCUCCUGGACGCCCAGCGCCCCGCAGAGAGGGGCCGCCUGCGGAAAGUGCAGACGGUCCCCCGGCUCCUGCCCGAGGGCCCCGAGGCCAGUGCCCUCUGCCCGCCGCUGACCAGCCUGAAAAACCAGCCGCCGACGUCGGAGUUCUUCCUGCCGGACCCCCAGAAAGCCUUCCCUGAGGGGAAAAAUGGCCUCUCCAGCCUCAAGGCCCAGCCCAAGCCCAGGCUGUGGCCGGAGCAGGAGCCUGAACACCAGCGGGAGGGGGCUCGAGGGGUGGGUCACGGCCGGGGCCCUGUGGAGGAAGGCCGCCCACCCCACGCUGAGGACCCCGAAGAUGCCAGCCGAGACCCAGGGGCACUGGGGGCCGAUGAGCAGACUCCCGGGGGAGCCGGGCAGCCGGGAGGUGCAGCCACGGAGCAGGGCGUCUCCCUGCAGGACCUCCUGACGCAGCUGGGCCGGCCCUUCAGGGACUACGAGCUGUGGGCCCUGGCCCACGCCUGCCUCGGCGCGCUGCGCACCUACCGCCGGCACCCAGCCUGCCUGUGUCCGGACUCCGUGCUGGUGGCCGAGGACGGGGCCGUGCUCUUCGGGCCGCCUCCCGCUGACGGUGCUCCCGACUCCUUCUUCCUGGCCCCUGAGGUUGCAGAGCAGAAGCCAGUGACUGAAAAGGCCUCGGUGUACUGUGUGGCCGCGGUGCUGUGGACGGCAGCCAAGUUCGGCGUCCCCCAAGACCACAAGCUGGUCCUGCCACGCAGGCUCAAGGCCCUUCUGCUGGAGAUGGCCAGGCGUAGCGCCCAGGAGCGGCCGUCAGUGGCCGAGGCCAGCAAGACCUGUGGCAGCUACCUCCUCCAGCGAGGCAUGGACAGCAGGGAGAUUUUAGCCCACCUGAGGGCGUCUACCUGCAAGGUCCACCAGGAGGAAGAGACCAUCAGUCUCCAGAAGGCAUUCUCGGCGCUCGAGCUGACCCCCGGCACGGAGCCCGACCCCAGGCCCGGCUCAGUCGUGCACGUCAAGCCCACGGUCCUCGCAGCAGGAGCAGGUGUGACCAGGGACCCCCCUGCCGGGGCCGUGGGGACGGCGGAGGAGCCGGAGGAGAGGAACGGCAUGCUGGACGGGGACGUGGACGGGAAGAAGGCUCCUGAGGGCCAGGCCACGGCCGACAGCCCGGAGACGCCUGACCGGCUGGCGCCUGGACCCCCCAGAGAGCUGGUGCCGGGAGGGGCAGCCCAGGGCGGCCCCUGCCCCCCAGCUCCCGCCGCGUCCGAGUCACCCCGGUCUCCUGCCCCAGCCCCGCCCCUGAAGGCACAGGAGCCGGCCCCCUCUGGAGAUGCCUCUGGCGGCCUCAGGCCCCCCGCCCCAGGGACCCCCGCAGGCCCCCAGGGCCCGCACCACCCGGCCAAGCCGCCCAGGAGCAAGGCCCCCAAGGGCCCCGGCCGGGAGCCCCGGAGCCCCCCGUCAGCUCCCCUCAGCCCCCCCCCGGCCGAGGCGAGUCCCGACAGCCCCAGGGGUGCCACAGUCGGCCACCCCGAGAGACCCCGGCCGGCAGACCGCAAGCCGUGUCCGCCCGGCGUGGACGCCUCGCCAGCCCCCCGGAGCCCGGCCUGCCCGUCGCUGCAGGAGGCCACGCGCCUCAUCCGCGAGGAGUUCGCCUUCGACGGCUACCUGGACCACGGGCUGGAGGCGCUGAUCAUGGGGGAAUACAUUUACGCCUUGAAAGACCUCACCUACGCCACCUUCUGUGGGGCCAUCGCCGAGAAGUUCUGUGACCUCUACUGGGGGGAGAAGCUGCUGCAGAACCUUUUCCGCGUGGUGAACGGCAGGACGUCGCCCCCCGCGAGUGCUCCGGAGGAGGCGGGGUCACAGCCCGACGGCAGCGGCCGGGCCAGCUCACCCAGCAGCGGUUCCCCUGCCAGCAAGAGGCCCUUGCUGCGUGGAGCAGGGAAGGACACGCCGGCCGCUCACGGCAGCAGAGCCCCAGGCCUGCCCCCCUCGCUGUCCGACGUGGAUUCAGAGGAGCUGUCCCGGGGCAACUUGGAGGUGGGGUUCCGGCCCCAGAGGAGGGAGCAGCUGCCCGAGGCCACGGAGGACCGGCAGCAGGCGGGGGGCCCAGAGCUGGCUGGAGAGGCCUCGGACUUGGAGGCAGUGGUGCGGCCGGCCCGGCCUAAGAAGGGCGGCCCGGCCCCGAACCCAGGCCCGGCCGCCUUCCAGAGCUGCAGCCCCGGCUGGAGCAGCGCCUUCUACGAGGCCGGCUGCUUCGGGGCCGACAUCCACAGCUACGUGCGGGGGCUGGGGGCGCGGGAGGCCGGCGGGGCCCCCGACCCCUCGGGCCAGGCGUCUCUCCUGGAGCCUGAGUGCAGGCAGGAGCUGGAGCAGCAGCUCAUGAUGGAGCAGAGAACCUACCGGAAGACCCUCAAGUUCUACCAGAAGCUCUUACAGAAGGAGAAGCGGAGUAAAGGCUCCGAGGUGAAGACAAUGCUCUCCAAACUGAAGGGGCAGCUGGAAGAAAUGAAGUCCAAGGUGCAGUUCCUCGGACUGGUCAAGAAGUACCUGCAGGUCCUGUACGCAGAGCAGUGGGGCCUGGAGCCCGGCGCCCUGCCCCUGCUCGUGAACGUGGCCGCGGCCCACUGCGGCGCGCCCGACUUCAGCCCCCUGGACGAGUCCUCCUCCCUCAUCUUCUACAACGUCAGCAAGCACCCGCGCGGCGGCCGCCAGCGCAAGGCCCGCGUCCUGCAGGCGGGCACGCCGCUGGGGCUCAUGGCCUACCUCUACUCCAGCGACGCCUUCCUGGAGGGCUACGUGCAGCAGUUCCUGUACACCUUCCGCUACUUCUGCACGCCCCAGGACUUCCUGCACUUCCUCCUCGACCGCAUCAGCAGCACCCUGUGCAGGGCCCACCAGGACCCCAGCUCGACCUUCACCAAGAUCUACAGGCGCAGCCUGUGCCUGCUGCAGGCCUGGGUGGAAGACUGCUACUCGGUGGACUUCACCCGCAACACCGGGCUGCUGGCCAGGCUCGCCGACUUCGUCUCCUCCAAGAUCCUGCCCCUGGACGGCUCCGCGGAGCACCUGCUGGGCCUCCUGGAGGUGGGCACUGACCGGCGGGCUGAGGGCGGCCCGCGCGGCCCAGACCUGGAGGACCCCAAGGAGGCGGAGGAGGACGCCAGGCCCCUCAACGCCCUCUGUAAGAGGCUCUCAGAGGACGGCGUCGCCCGCAAGAGCUUCCCCUGGAGGCUGCCCCGGGGCAACGGGCUGGCGCUGCCGCUGCCGCUGCCGCACCACAAGCAGCGCCAGUACACCAUCGCGUCCGCCCUGCCCAAGCCCUGCUUCCUGGAGGACCUCGGUGGCCCCCACGCCAAGGCCAGCGAGAAGGGGCCGUACUUCCUGACCGAGUACAGCACCCACCAGCUCUUCACCCAGCUCACGCUGCUGCAGCAGGACCUGUUUCAAAGGUGCCAUCCCGUCCACUUCCUAAACUCACGCGCCCUGGGCGUCACGGACAGGAGCGUGGCCAUCCCGAAAGCCAGCUCCUCCGAGUCUCUGUCGGCCAAGACCUGCAGCCUCUUCCUGCCGGAUUACACGCAGGACAAGUACCUGCUGCAGCUCCUGCGGAGCGCCGACGACGUCAGCACCUGGGUGGCCGCCGAGAUCGUCACCAGCCACACGGCCAAGUUGCAGGUGAACCUGCUGUCCAAGUUCCUGCUGGUGGCGAAGCUGUGCUACGAGCAGAGGAACUUCGCGACCGCCAUGCAGAUCCUGGACGGCCUGGAGCACCUCACUGUGCGGCAGUCCCCGGCCUGGAGGAUCUUACCCGCAAAGAUAGCGGAGAUCAUGGAGGAGCUGAAAGCCGUGGAGGUGUUCCUGAAGAGCGACAGCCUGUGUCUGAUGGAAGGGCGGCGCUUCCGGGCCCAGCCCACCCUGCCCUCGGCCCGCCUCCUGGCCAUGCACAUCCAGCAGCUGGAGACUGGGGGCUUCACCAUGACCAACGGGGCCCACAGGUGGAGCAAGCUCAGGAACAUCGCCAAGGUGGCCAGCCAGGUGCACGCCUUCCAGGAGAACCCCUACACCUUCGCCCCCGACCCCAAGCUGCAGUCCUGCCUCAGGCAGAGGAUCGCGCGGUUCAGCGGGGCCGACGUGUCCCUCCUGGCCUCGGACAGCAGGGCCACCUGCCACCAGGUCACCAGCGAGAAGCACUCUCGGAAGAUUCAGGACAAGUUGCGGCGAAUGAAAGCCACGCUCCAGUGACGGGACGGCGGGGCUGGCCGUGAGGUUCCACGCCGCCGAGGACGGCUUGGGGGGACGGAGCCCCGGCACUGCAGGUGCAGCGCCCACCACCUUCGACUAGGGUCCCCCCAGCACGGCCCCAGCGGGGGCCUUUGGGCACCUGGACGGGGCAGCACAGGGCUCAGGCCGCGACCCAGAGAGGUCCGGGUGUUUCUGCCAGGACAUUUAACAGUGCAAUCUAAAAAUUUUAAAUUUUAAAUGAAAACAGUAAGUAAAC